CUUUUGUUUGUAGAAAACGUUUAGGAGAUGAUUGUGUAAGCAAAAGCUUUCCUCUCAAACAUCUUUUUCCAUCCAAAUGAACAAUCUUCAUUUUAUAUAGAAAUUGACGGAGAUUCUUCAUAUUCAAAGUCCUUUCCUUCUCUGUGAUUCACAAUCUCUCAAAAUCUGGUAAAUGAUCCCUCUUCUCUUCUAUAUCCUCCACCGAUCGACGAUCACGAUCUCCAGUAACAGAGAAAAUCUCUGAUUAUGUUUUUUUUUUUUAUGUACUGAUCGGUUAAUAUGACAAUAACCAUCCUGAUCUGGGCUUUUGUUUAAUCAGUUGUGAAUAUCUAAUGAUCUCUUGUUUGUAGAUUACUACAGUUCUCAUUAUUUGAUCAUCUCUCUCUCUCUCUCUUUUUUUGUGAUCGGUGUUCAUCAUCACUACUUAGCAUCAAAGUGCCCAAUGGAGACUACUACUAGUACAUCAAAUGGUAUCAUUAGCCCUACGUUACAACUCCAUACCACCAACAUCCCUGAUGAGAACCCUCUCGCCGCUAUGGAGUUGCCGUUGCCUUCCUUCUUGUCUCUGAAACGACACUGUUUUGGCAACUCUGCUCCUGGAGAGUUCUUCCUGGCUUCUUGUCCUUCCAUCGUCCUUCAUCUCCUCACUACUUGCGAUCUGUCUCCUCGUGACCUUGCCAAUCUCGAGGCGACGUGUUCUUUCUUUAGGAAGCCUGCAAACUUCUCUCCGGACCUUCAACUCUCCAUCUCAGAGGUCGCAGCCCUCGACAUUUGCCAGAAGAAGGCGGUAUUCGAACGCAUGGGAGAGGAAGACCGGCAAGAUAUCAAAAGGAAGUGCGGAGGCUCGUGGAAGCUUGUUCUCAGGUUCUUGCUAGCCGGAGAACUAGGUUGCAGGAGGGAGAAGUCACAAGCCCUUGCUGGUCCUGGUCACAGCAUUGCAGUGACAUCAAAGGGUGUUGUAUACUCUUUCGGAUCUAACACUUCAGGACAGCUCGGACAAGGAACCGUUGAAGACACUUGGCAGCCUAGACCAAUCAGAUCACUCACAGGGAUCCGGAUCAUUCAGGCAGCUGUUGGAGCAGACAGAACUAUGCUGAUAAGUGAUGCUGGUGAAGUUUACGCCUUUGGGAAAGAUUGUUUUAGCCAGCCUGGAUUAGAAGAAGACCAAGAGACUAAGCUCAUCACGACUCCACAGCGAGUCAAGUCCUUGACGGAGAUCUUUGUUGUUCAAGCGGCGAUAGGAUAUCACUUCACAGCGGUUUUGUCUAGAGAAGGCAGAGUCUAUACAUUAUCAUGGGGAAAAGAUGAGAGACUCGGUCAUGGAACUGACCGUAACUGUGUGUUGCCACAUCCUUUGUUAGGCGCCUUGGAGAAUAUCCCGGUUGUGCAGAUCGCUGCUGGCUUUUGCUAUCUGCUUGCUCUAGCGUGUCAACCUACAGGGAUGUCUGUGUACUCUGUUGGAUGCGGUUUGGGUGGGAAGCUUGGGCAUGGGAGUCAAACCAGUGAGAAACAGCCUCGGUUGAUAGAGGAGUUUAGUGUGUUGAAGAUGGAGCCGGUUAUGAUCUCAGCAGGGACAUGGCAUGCUGCUGCGGUGGGGAGAGAUGGGAGAGUCUGCACGUGGGGUUGGGGUCGGUUUGGCUGUUUAGGUCACGGAACAGGAGAGUCGGAGCUGGCUCCUAAGGUGGUGGAGGGACUAAAAGACGUUAAAGCAGUCCACGUCGCCACUGGAGAUUACACGACCUUUGUUGUGUCUGAUGAUGGUCAGGUUUACUCAUUUGGCAGUGGAGAGUUCGCCAAUCUUGGUCAGGGGGAUGAAGAUGAGGAUGAGAGUACUCUGACACCAAAGCUGGUUUCGUCGUUGAAGGAGAUGAAAGAGCGUGUGGUUCAUGUGAGUUUGACAAACUCGAUAUCGUGGGGUGGUCAUACAUUUGCAAUGACAGAGUCAGGGACGGUGUAUGCGUUUGGGACAGGGGACAGAGGACAGCUUGGGGUGGAGCUUGGUGAUAGCUUGACUGAAAGAGCGGAACCGGCUAAAGUUGUCGGUAUUGAUCUUUCUUAGAGAUGGUGAAAGAAAAGCCAAUCUUCUUAGUUUUUAGGUUUUGCAUCACCAUUGAUCUUUGACUGCUAAUGUUUUAAUUAAGUGGGUUGUACAUAGUAACAGGAAGGUCAUGACGUUAAGUAUUGUUGGAUGGUUUUAUGUUUACUUUUGUUAGUUUAACCGGCGAAGUAAGGAAACAAAAUAAAUGUUUCUUUGGGUGUUC